AUGACCCAACUCAAAACAUUUACCCGUGAAGAAGUCAGCCGCCAUGCAACUGAAGAAGAUCUCUGGAUCAUUAUUGACAGUGCUGUGUACGACUUGAGCGAGUUUGUUGAUCUCCACCCAGGCGGUGUCUUCCCCAUCAUGGAGCUUGCUGGAAAGGAUGCCACUGAUGCCUUUUACGGUCUUCAUCGUCAGGAGGUGCUUAUCAAGUAUGACCGUUACAAGAUCGGUACCAUCGAGGGUGAGACACCUGCUAUUUCUAUUCGUCAACCAGGCGAGAUCUCUCGUGUGCCUUAUGCUGAACCAAGCGCCUGGAUGGGCUAUAAAUCGCCGUAUUUCAAGGAAACCCACUUCAAGUUCCGUACGGCUGUGCGUAAGAUCUUUGAUGAAUUGGCUGAUGAAAUCCGUGAAGUUGAAGCAUCGGGUGAACGUCCUUCGGAUGAGCUUCAAAAGAAGUUUGGUGAUUAUGGUCUUUUGGCUGCCAACAUUGGUCCUGGUAAAUUCCUUCGUGAAUUCAAUAUUAAGCUCCCUGGUGGUAUUGCUCCGGAGGAAUACGAUUACUUCCAUGAGAUGAUUGUGCACGAAGAAAUGGCACGUAUCGGUGUCCGUGGUACCGACGAUGGUAUCGUUUCGGGUAUGGUGAUUUCGCUUCCUACCGUUCUCAACUUUGGAUCCAAGGCAAUGAAGGCCAAGGUUGUUCCCGAAAUCCUUUCCGGUCGCAAACGUAUGGCUUUGGCUAUCACUGAGCCCUAUGCUGGUAGUGAUGUUUCUCGCAUUCGCACCAACGCCAAGUUAUCAGCUGAUGGAAAGCACUACAUUGUUAAUGGUGUCAAAAAGUGGAUCACCGGUGGUUGUUGGGCUGAUUAUUUCUCUGUGGCCGUCCAAACCGAAAAGGGCAUGUCCAUGUUGUUGAUUGAGCGCUCAGAAGGUGUUGAAACCAAGUUGAUCAAGACUUCCUAUGCCCCCACCGCUGGUACUGCUUAUGUCACUUUUGAGAACGUCAAGGUGCCAGUCGAGAAUUUGCUUGGCAAGGAGGGCAAAGGAUUUAUGGUUGUAUUGUCCAACUUUAACCAUGAAAGAUGGGUCAUGUUGACUGGUUCCGUUAUGGGCGCACGUUACGCUAUUGAAGAUUGCUUCAAGUGGGCCAUGCAACGCAAGGUCUUUGGCAAGCGUCUCAUUGAUCAACCUGUCAUCCGCAACAAGCUCGCCAAGAUGAUUGCAAGCGUUGAGAGCGUACAAAGUUGGAUCGAGAACUUGACGUAUCAAAUGUGUCACAUGGAUUAUUUUGAACAGGCUGUGAAGCUUGCUGGCCCUCUCGCUCUUUGCAAAUACCAGUGCACUCGUAUGCUUCAUGACGUUGCCGAUGAUGCCGUCCAGAUCUUUGGUGGCCGUGCCUUGACUCGAUCAGCUAUGGGUCGCAAUAUUGAAUUGCUUCAUCGUACAUACAAGUUCUCCUCUAUCCUUGGUGGCUCAGAAGAAAUUAUGGCCGAUCUUGGUGUUCGUCAAGCUAUGAGACAUUUCCCAACUGAUGCACGCCUUUAA